GCUUGGCUGUUAUUGGCUGUAGUCAAGCACUUUAAUAAAUGAAUUGAAUUGAAUAAUGCUAAGCUGACUGCUGAAAACCGAAGGACCCAGGGAAACCUGACUCAAUGUAUCCUUUUCCACAACAAUUUCUCUGACCUCGACACGAACUCUGGCACCCGCUGACAACUGUAUUUUAAAUGAUAUACAGAGACCUCUACAAUAUCACUCUGAGCAUCUGUAGAUUAGGAUUAAUGGAAAGCGUAUCCUUUCCGGUACAAUGCUUGAAUUUCGUUGUAGCACUAAAUGGGUAAACAAAAAAAAUGUGAUCGUUAAUAUUAGAAGAUCUGUGAUUAUAAACCGCAUAUUUGGAUCUCUCAUUACCAGUUUAAGACAGUGUUAAGGUCUCAUGAAUUACUACUGAAGUGUUGGCUACACAAUACUGAGAGUUUGAAAUAAAUGCAAAUGUUACAAUUUUUACUGUACAAUGUUUGUAAGCAAGUAGAACACUUUUCGCAGGCCAGAUCUUUAUUUUAACUCGAUAAACAAUUUAUGAUUUAGUUGCUUUGGUACAUGUAUUUCUUAAUAUAAAUCCUGUAUGGUGUCAUGGGUGUUAAAAAUUUGUGGCAAAUUUUGGCACCAGUAUGCGAACGUAAAUCUUUAUGGGAGCUUCAUGAUAAAGUUUUAGCAAUAGAUCUUAGUUGUUGGGUGUGCGAUAGUCAAAAUGUUCUGAACACUCAGCAACCUAGAAUGUACUUAAGGAACCUCUUCUUCCGUACUUCCUGUCUGUUGCUGUUGGGUGUGAAACCUGUGUUUGUAUUGGAAGGCAGAGCCCCCACUCUGAAAUAUGACACCAUGUCACAAAGGGUCCAACAGAGGACAAAGAACAAGAAACAGAGCAGCUCUUCUGAUGAAGAGAGUGCUAAAGUGUCUCAAUGCACAAGGCUGGAAAGAAACAAAGGAAGCCGCUCCCGAUUAAACUCCAUAUUGAAACAGUGUGAAGCUUUACUAGCAAUCAUGGGAGUAUCCUGUGUUCAAAGUUUUGGUGAAGCUGAGGCCCUUUGUGCACAGUUAAAUGAAUCUGGACUGGUUCAUGGAUGCAUCACACAAGAUGGUGAUUGCUUCUUGUACGGAGCUCAGACAGUGUACCGUAACUUCACCAUUGGUCGUCAGGGGUCUACUAGUUACAGUGUAGAAGAGUACAAGAUGAUUGUCAUUGAAAAGAAGCUAGCUCUCAGUCGACAGAAACUUAUCGCGCUGUCCCUGCUUUGUGGAUGUGAUUACAAUGAUAAAGGUGUCCUGGGAGUAGGCAAGGAGGCUGCAUUGAAUUUCCUUGAACAUCUGAAAGAUGAUGAAAUUUUGCCUAGACUGAAGCAGUGGCGAACAGACCCUCGCUAUGAAUGUUUGGAAACUGAAUAUGCAGCUCUGGGUAAUACAUGCAGCAAGUGCAACCACACAGGGAAGCUACAGAAGCAUGCCAAGUCAGGCUGUAAAGAUUGUGCCACAAAAUUUGAUUGUAUUAAAACUACUGACAUGCAUCAUCUUAGUCAGAAAGAUCCGGGAGAAAGAAAAUGUAUCAUAGCAGAACUCAUAAUGAGGAGGAAGGCAUUACAAGAUGAGAACUUCCCAUCCCAGGCCAUAAUAGAUGAGUUCUUGUAUAGACAGCCACUCCCCAAAUUUGACGUACGAUGGAAGCAACCAGACAUUGUCAGCUUCAUUAACUAUGCUGUUAAGCUUCUUAACUGGACAGAGUUAUAUGCCGUGGAGAAAUUUAUUCCACUGGUGACAAGAUGGCAGUUACAUAAUCUGCGAAAUGACGGCAGGAACUCAGACCAAGCUGCAUUACCAUUCAUGCCAUGUAAAAUUAUUAAGAAACGAGUACUGAAAAGUGUUCAUAGUUUCGAAGUUGAAUGGAAAGACCAUCAUGGCCUUUUGUGCAACAUCGAGGUGCAACAUGGAAUUACCACUGAGCCCCAAGAAAUGUUUAGAACUGCAUACCCAGACUUGGUGGAGAAAUAUAUGGAGGAGGAAGCAAAGUCAAGAAAGGGGAAAACAACAGGCAGAAAACUGAAAAGAAAAACAGCAUCAGUGAAAACUUAUAAUUGCCAGUGCAAGGAGAAUGAAGAACACAAUAAGUAUACCCAGCAGAGCCAUAUGUGCACAUGUAUGAAGUCUUCAAGUAAAUCUGAUGUCUCCGAAAUUCAGAGCUUUUUGGGAAAUUUGGAUAUCAGUUCUGAAGAUGGAAAAGGAAACCUGGAGAAUUUAUCUCAUAAGGAUGCAAUACAUAUGCAGUCAUGUCUGAAAAUUGAAAAGAAACAAUCAAAGUUAACAUUUAAUUAUCUAUGCGAUACAGUGGCACAAGGUACUGAAAAUAAUGUUCAACAGAUGAACCAAAAAAGAGUUAUGGAGACAAACUUGGAAAGUGGUAUAAAACUGGAAAGAGAGACACAUUCUGCACAUGCAUUAAAUGGAGACAAAGGCAUAGGUGCAUAUCCAUGCAACACAUUUCUGAAUUCUGAAGUUUGUGCCCAGAUUUCAUCAGUGAAAGCUGUUGAACUUGUGAACGAGAAACUGCCAUUUGGGGAACCGGAAAGGAAAGGAAUUUUAGAGGAGUAUGACUGUUUGGAUCUCGAUGACGAGAUAAUGGAUAUGUCGAGCAUUAUAGAAAAUAUUGUUCGUGGACCCAAUAAUACAAGUGUGCAACAUAAUUAGUGUUGUAUAUUUUUGUGUUAAGUAAUGGGUACAGACUUUUGAUGAUACUUUUGGUAUUAUCAGUUAAAAUAACAUACAUACCUGUUUUUGUAAUCUGCAUGCAUUAUAUGAGUUAGAUAAAAAUAUUAAAACAUGUAAUCGUCAUAAUUGGUAUUCAGUUGGGGUAACAACCAGCUUUCCAACAUGUCCAAAAAUGAGUCGCCAGUCACAGUUGCACCAUUCUUUUGUGUAUGCACUGUAUAGGUGAACAAAGGCAGAAAUGCCGACAAAAUCCCAUUUGACCUCUAUUUCACAACUAAAGACUGAAAUAAUUACUGUUUUGGCCAUUUGUGUGUGAUCAUAAAUGAAGUUACUUUGCUGUUGAAAAUUGAGAAAGUGUUUAGUAUCAGAUAGUUGAUAUAUUUGUUAAAAUGUAUCCAUGCUCAAGAAAAGCUAUUACAUUCUGAGAUCAAUAAAUACAUACAUGCUGUGUAUAAUAAAGGAUUGCCACUGUAGUGGAAGGAAU